GUUAAACCUGGUCAGCGAAAGCUGUUGAAAGCUGUUCCGCUAAAAACGGAUUACCAACCAAUGCCCCCGUAAGAGAAUAAGAAAUUUUGUAGGAGGACGUAUACACGAGGAUGUGGCAUUAAUGUGUUAAUCAUCAAUUCUCUUGACUUGUUCUGUUAAUCUCCUGCGCUAGACAGAAUGGCAUGUCCGAAGCCAGCAUCCACCAAGGUGUGCCGUCCUUGUGAUGGGUUGCAAGGUGGCCAGGCUGGCCCACCUCCACCAGAAGAUGACGAACCUCCAUAUCCGGGUCGCAAGGGUGCCUACUGUGGUCCAGAUAAAGCUUCUUGGCCUUGGUCUGCGCGACCAUAUUUCUUCCGCCAAUAUUCCCUGGGAGAUUUCGACAUUGGUAGGGUCUUGAUGAAGGGUGAAUUCGGAACAGUUUACCUUGCCCGAGAUUAUCGCACUCGAGACCUGGUGACGUUCAAAGCGGCUUACAAGGAUAAACUGAUGGAAGAACAAGUUUUGUACUUGUUGCGUAAGGAAGUUGAAAUGCAAGGCUAUUUUGAUCAUCCGAACAUCUUGAAGCUUUUAGGCUUCUUCUCGGACGAGGCCAGAAUUUACAUUGUGUUUGAGUAUUGUGAGCAUGGUACUUUGGAGCAGUACCAACGAACCCAGCCGGGCUGUCGACUAGAAGAACCCCUAGCAGCAAAGCUGACAUUGGAUGUUACGAGUGCUUUGCUCUAUUUGCACGAUUUCAACUUGAUGCUGCGGGAUUUGAGACCACAAUCUAUUUUGAUUACAAAGGACCUCACUGCGAAGUUGGCUGAUUUUGCAUUUGCUGUAUACACCGUUGGACCAGUAAAAUCUGAGCCAAGGACGACGCCGGCAUUUGAAGCCCCCGAGUUUUUUCUGGACCUGCCGGUUUCGCGACUCGCUGACCACUGGCAACUCGGGUGUCUCAUUUACGACAUGCUCACUGGGGAUUGUCCAUUUGCCCCCCAACAAAGUUCUGACACCAGGGAUCACAUUUCUGUCUAUCCC